UGAACUUCAUCUCCUACUCCUAUUGGUUAUUUCAGAAGCUGUUGUUGUACUACUAUUCUUCAAACAGUUAUUGGACACAGUUUACAGAUACCGCAAAAGUUAGAGCCUGCGUCACACAAGUGUAAGAUCAUCCUAGAUUUCUUUGUUCACUACAUCAUUAUAGUCUCUGGAUUUUAAUAUUUUGAAGUUACAGUCUUCAAUAGAAAAAACCAAGGUCAGUCUAUAAUGACUUGGGUUCUCCUCUGGUUCUUAUAUUCGUUUGUUCAAUGCGAUGACGAAAAAUUAGAUACCCAUUUUGUUGGAGUUCAUCGUAUUCCCGAAUCUGUCUUUCCAGAAAUGCAUUUUGAGGAUCGGCUUCAUAUGUAUUUCAAAAAAAUUGAUACUAAUAGCAAUGGAUUCAUUGAAGACGAUGAAUUAGCAUCAUGGAUCUAUAAAACUUAUGAAUCUUUGGAUCGUGAGCAUGCUGAAAAACAACUUACAAGAUUUGAUGUGAAUGAAGACGGAAAAGUUUCGUUCGAAGAGUAUAUAAAUCAAACGUAUGAAACUUCUGAAGAGGAAUUAAGACAUUCAAAAGACGACAAAUCGUCAAAAUUUAUUUUGGAAUUAUUAAAAGAUGAACGAUUACGUUUCAACUUUGCUGAUAAAGAUAAUGACGGUUUAUUAUCACUAGAAGAAUUCACUCUAUUCUUACGACCUGAAAAUUAUGAAGAUAUGGCAAAUUAUGAAUUGCAAAAAAGUUUUUCCAGUUUUGAUCAAAAUGGCGAUGGUAUAAUUACGAAAGAUGAGUUUACAAAUUUUUCCUAUCGAGGUGUAUCACAAGAGAAUUAUUUACAUGAACAAUUCAGUAAUCUUGACGUUGAUAAAAAUGACAUACUCAUUCUGGAUGAAUUACGGCCAUGGUUAUUGCCUUCUUUAAAAGUGGCUGCAAAAUCAGAAGCAACACGAUUAAUGAAUCUCACAGAUUCUAAUAAUGACGGUAAACUUACAUUAGAAGAAAUCUUGGCUACAUCACAUUCAUGGAAAGAUAGUCAAGUUGUUAAACAUGCGCGGUCAUUAUGGGAUGAAUUGUAGAGGUAAAUGAGCAUAACGUAUCUUCUACUAUUAUCUCUGUAACUCAAUUAUGUCCAGUUAUGUAAUCUGGUCGUUGUGUGUAGUAUUUUAUCAUUCCGUAUCUUUUCAAGUUGAUAAUAAAACAUUGAAUUUCUCUUUGUGGCAUUUACUGAACGUCUGUGGAUUUUCAUCUUUUCGCAUCUUUUCUCCUCAAUCUGUUGUUACAAAUUCACUUUUAAUUUGUUCUCACUAAAAACCAUAAAUGCAGUUGUAUAUUUUGUUUCUUCUUCUCACAUUCGCCAUUUGUUCUUGUUACUUUUAUCAGUUAUCUUCAGCCAAAUAUUUUGUAAAAAUGUCUUUUGUGGUUAGAUAGACAUUGUAAGACUAUUCUCUUCAUCAUUCGACUAACCAUGCCACUUACAGGAACUACGUUGAGAUAGUUGAAUAAAUCAGACAUUUACAACAAAAAAUACUUUGAAAAAUACUAGCUCAACUUUCCAAAAUGAAGCUCUGAUUCUUCAAUAGGUAGUAAAUCUAAGGUACUGGAAUCGAUUUGCGUUCACUUAACUUAUUAAUUUAUUCGAUUAAUAGAUUUAUUUGUGAUUAGUUUAUCUCAAACCACUUAGAUUGAUAAACCCCACUCGUUUAGGUAUGGUUGAUGGAUGAAAUCAAAAUUCUGA